AUGGCACUUCCGAGGCCGAUUUCGCAUAGAAUUGCAAAAGAAAUUCAGUCACUUUGGGCUUCACCGCUUGAAGGAGUACGAUUACUUGAAGUUGGAGAUAGUACUCUUACUGAGGUUCAGGCAUAUAUUUUCGGGCCUGGAAAGUGCGGUGCAUUUAAGUUACGAUUACAAUUUGGUACUGAAUAUCCAUCAGUGCCUCCAAAAUGCCAUUUUAUCACGAAGAUUUUUCAUCCAAAUGUCUCUUCAAAAGGAGAAGUUUGUGUUAGUAUUUUGAAAAAAGACUGGUCACCAACUGUACAUGUUUCGCAUAUUCUUUUGACGGUUAAAUGUCUUUUGAUUCAUCCAAAUCCUGAAUCUGCAUUGAAUGAAGAAGCAGGACGGUUAUUAUUAGAUAAUUAUGAAUCCUUCUCUAAGCAUGCACGAUUAAUUACUUCUAUUCAUUCUGUUAAACCUGGAAUUGCUUGGAUGGAGCUUACUGGAACACAUUUAUCAUCUGAUUUUCCUACUUUAACACCUUUAGGUGAUAGCAAUACAACUUCUAAUCUUUCAUUUGGCUCCGAAAAUUUUGCUAAAGGACGAGAAAAUAUUCCUGUUACUGAAAAUAAUCAUGAUUUAGAUAAUAAGAUUUUAGAAAAAAAAAAAAUAGAUACACGUAAACGAGGUUUAAAACGACUUUAA